AUGGAGAAACGGCGCCCACCCGGGAAACUCGAUGUCCCUGGCCGGCAGCUGCCCUUGAGCAAGAAUCGCCGAAGAGCCCGCGAAAAGACGACGAAGGGAGCGGCCAGCCACCUCCAGCCUCCACCUAGCCGCCCCUGCACCGCUGCCCAAAAGCCGCUGAAUCGGUCAACGAGGAUGCAUGCGGUCGGCGACGCCGCCACACGGCCAGCGCUCCUGGCGCUCUUGGCGCUCUUCCUCUCGGUUCAGCUCGCCACAGCACAAGAAGGUACCAGGGAUGUGUUCUUGGGCAUCAGCCACCAUGCACAAAGGAAUUUGCUGCAGGACGGGAACAAAACGAUGAAGCCCGUGGGCAAGGAGGCCAGCUGCAACCGGCAUCCUUAUAUUGUGUCAAUACGCGACCAUGAAAGCGAACACCGCUGCAGCGGUGUGUUGAUCGACCCUUCGUGGGUGCUGACCGCCGCUCACUGCAUAAAUGACGACAACGCCCUGCAGGGCGUUGCUGUCGUUGGAGGCUGCAAAUUGAGCGAGAGUGUCAAAAGGAAGAACAAUAAAAAGGUCGCCUCCAUCGUGCUCGCAGUGUCUCAUCCGAUGUGGAAUGGAAACAGCACAGACGGAAACGAUAUUGCGCUGCUGAAACUGGACCCGCCAUCCAAAGCCAGGCCUAUCACAUAUGUAACCACAUCCAGUUCAGAAUUGGCUGCGGGCCAGCGGUUGGUGGCCCUUGGGUGGAAUGAGAACUUGAAUGGCAAGUUGGCCGACAAACUUCGUCAAGAUACGGACGUCUUGCUGAUAGGAAGUGACGAAUGCGCAAAAGACGGUGUGUGGGGCAGCAUCUUCACUGAAUCCAUGCUGUGUGCGGCGGGCUUUGGAAAUGUGCAGCCCGGCUGUGGAGCCGAUGAUGGUGCCCCCCUCCUCGUGGCAUUUGCGCCAGGAGGGUCCGUGAAAGCUGGCAGUCCGAAUGGAGACAUUCUUGUGGGAAUCACAUCGUUUGGGGAAACGGGAUCCGAAUGUGGCGAGGCAAAGAAGCCUGGCGUCUAUACCCGCAUAAGCAAGUUCCGUGAUUGGAUUGACAGCACAAUAACGGCCAGCAUUGGAGCAGCAGGGGCAAACCCCUCGCCGCCGCCACCCUCUCCAACGUCACCCCUUAACAAACUCAUGCUGCCCUCGACGCCAUCUGCGCCAUCCCCCGAGUUGCCACCACCGAUGGCCACCCCAGCACCCUUGCCUUCAACUCCUCCUCCCUCUGUCACGCCUGCACCAACUCCAGAAAUCUCUGCACCACCGCUGCCACCCCCACGUACGGCAACGACGCCCCCUCCACCCGAAACUUCAAAUGCGCCUCCUGAUUCCCCCGAUGAUUCCAACAUGACGCCGAUCGAAACCGCGAUAAAGGCCAACGACACAGAGCAACUCAGAGAUUUGAUCGCAAACGGAGAGGACGUGAAUGCAGAGGCCGAAAAUGGGGACACGCCACUAAUUUUGGCGGCGACGGAUGGACUCGAAGUGAUCACUGAGAUCCUGCUGGAGGCUGGCGCGGACCCGGACGCUCAAAACCCCAUGACGGGCGCCACCGCCCUCCAUGUCGCAGCCUUCGUGGGGCAUGUUGGGGUUGCUGAGCUGCUGAUUCCCGCCAUGUCGGAUGUGGACGCGAAGGAGGUUGUGGGGUUUACCCCCCUCCAUUUUGCUGCGAGACAGGACCACCUCGAAAUUGUGAAUCUGCUGAUUGAUGCGGGUGCCGGUGUCAAUGAGCGGAGCGCAACAGGCCGCCCGCCAAUCACGUUGGCGGCCUUGAUGGGCCACGAGGCCAUGGUGGACGAGUUGCUUGACAGCGGCGCGAAUCCAGUGCUGAAGGCGGAUGGAGGCAUUACAAUACUCAUGGAUGCUUGCAGCGAUAUUGGCACGGAAGGGGUGCUCCAGAUUUUGAUGGAAAAGGCAAACCUGGACGUUAAUGAUGUGAGCGACGACGGAAGCCCCGCCAUUGAAUUCUGCGCCUUCUUUGGGAACAAGCCGGGCGUAGAGGUCCUCCUCGCCAACGAAGCAGACCCUGGCAUCGGCGCCGGGGAUGGCGUGCGCGACGAGGUCUGCGGGUGCACAGACAGUGAAACUCUCGGAUGCCCCGAGGGUGCGUGCGAGAGCGGCGAAGAAAUUGCGGAAAUUUCCGAUUUGACCGGCCGCGAGGCUGCUGCUGGGAGUGCAGCAGCGCCAGUUGGCCCACCCGCCCGGCCGCCGCCAGAGUCGAUAGAAGACUGUGCAGUCUUUCCGGAUGUGGUCAGCCAGCUGGAAUGCACCGCGAAGCUGCCCGCGGAUGGCAGGCGAUGA